AUGGCUGGAUUAGCAAGGUCAGAUGUGUCAUAUAAAAGAUCAGGUUCAUCGGGGCUAGUAUGGGAUGAUAAGUUGUUAUCAGGAGAGCUUUUUAAGCCAAAAGAAGAAGAAAAGGAGAAAAAAGAGCCACAAAGAGUAGAGCCAAGACCCUAUAAAACCAUGGAUGUUGCACCCACAAUUGACCCACCUUCACCAAGGCUCUCUGGUUGUGGUGCCAUCUGCACCAUGUUUGGUAAGCCUGUAAAAAACAAACCUUCUACCCAAAACCGCAGAAAAAAGAGGUGA